AUGUUUCUGAAGGCGUUACUUGCCCCCGCGGCGCUUAUAGGCCUCGCCUCAGCCGUCGCGCUCCCGCCUAGCAAUGGCUUGGACCUCUCGACCCACUCUCUGAACAAGAGAACUGCAACAAUGUGGACGUGGUUCCCACCUAUUGUUCACGCAACUCCUUGGAAAUACGUUGGAUGCUUCUCUGGCGAUGUCCCCUUGACCUACCAUGUUGCAGAUUUCUGCUCGUGUCACAAUACAGCAGUUUCCAAGCAUAUGAAUAUGGAAAAGUGUUUUGCUUCCUGCAAGGCCGCUGGUUUCCGUUACGCUGGCCUCAAAGGCCCCAAUGGUGCGAAGAAGUGCUGGUGCGGUUCUGCCGACCCAUCUGAGUAUAAGCUUCCCAGCGCCGGCACUUGCAAUGUCGCCUGUGGUGACGGUGAAGGUAAUACCCUCAACAAGUAUAGCACCAGCCAGUGCGGUGGUCAAACAUCAUACAGUAUCUGGAGGGAUCCUUGUUACAAGAGGAAGUUCGAUAUCGAAAAUGCUCCACUUGGUUAUGAGUCCGCAGGAUGUUGGUCUGGUAAUGGAGGAUGGCUUCUCGCCCACUUUGAGAAAUCUGUUUCUGGUGAUAAUCUGUCUAUUGACUCAUGUAUCGAAGCCUGCUCUGCUAAUGGAUAUCCAUACGCGGGUAUGAGAGGUGGAUGGGAAUGUUUCUGCGGAGGCAGACUCUCCCCCCACUUCGUCGAUGUCCAUCAAAAGAAUCCAAAUCAUAAUACCAUGUGUACCAAAGUGUGCACGUCAACCUGGAAAGUCUAUGCGACGACACCGAAAGAAGAAUGGCAAUACUGUGGUGGUGAUGUCUACUACAGUUUGUACUUCAACCGGAAACUCGCGGCUAGCACUGCUGAUGUUUGCAAGGACGAUGAUGACGAAGAUGGUGAUGAGACCGUUACAAAGGUUGUUCAAACUAUUACCGUCACAAAGGGUGGUCCACCGCCAACGGAGGCUACACAAUCAUUCAACUCGGACAAGACCACUAGAACCACGAUCACCGUUCCCGGCAAGGCUGAACCAACUCCGGAUCCCGAAGAUGACGAUAAAGACGACAAAGAGGACGAUGAUAAAGAAGGCGGCGAUGAUGAUGAUGAUGAUGAGCCCACCCAGACCACCACAAUCACUCUUACCCGAACAAGCGGCGGCCCUGCACCAAAGACCGACCCGCCUGGCAAGGGGACUGUCUACGUUACUACUACCGUCCCAGCCCGUGCUAAGACUACUAUCACUCUUACCCAAACAAGCGGCAGCCCUGCACCAACCGGCAAGAAUAACAAGAAUACUGUUUAUACUACCGUCACCGUUCCUGCGAAGCGCACCAAGACUACCAUCACCCUUACCCAAACAAGCGGUGAGGCUGCACCAACCGGCAAGAAUAACAAGAAUACUGUCUAUACUACCGUCACCGUUCCUGCGAAGCGCACCAAGACUACCAUCACCCUUACCCAAACAAGCGGCGAGGCUGCACCAACCGGCAAAAAUAACAAGAACACAGUCUAUACUACUGUCACUGUCCCUGCUUCAAGGCGUGGAAAUGGUGGUAAGACUACCACCAUCACUCUUACCCGAACAAGCGGCGGCCCUGCACCAACUACCGCCAGGCCUGGUAAGGGCACCGUCUACGUUACCACUACUGUCCCCGCUACCAAGCCUAGCGACAAACCUGAGGAGCCUGAGGAUGAUGAUGAUGACAAGAAGGACGACGGUGAUGACAAGAAGGAUGAUGAUGAGAAUCCCGAUGAUGACAAGGGCAACCCAGGUGGCAAGGGUGGUGAUGAUGAUGAUAAGAAGGAUGAUGAUGAUAAGAAGGAUGAUGAUGGCAAGAAGGAUGAUGAUGACAAGAAGGAUGAUGAUGACAAGAAGGAUGAUGGUGAGAAUCCUGAUGAUAAUAACGGCAAUCCAGGUGGCAAGGGUGGUGAGGAGCCAGGCGAUAAGGGCCCCGACCUUGAUGAUUCCUUGUGCUCCAAACCCAUGGUUCCCCAAGACGUCGUUAAGAACACAAAGUGGAAGAACAUCAAGUUCCCCGUCGGUGAUGUUAAGGCACCAGCCGUAUCCUGCCAUAACCGCAAGGGCAAGUACGAUGCCGGUUAUCACUUCAAGCUCUUUGUUGGACCUGGCACAGCUUGGCCUGAUGCAGUUUGCCGCAAGGAGUACACUCGCAAGCCCACUGAAAUCCAGGCCGCCUGUUCGAACGCCUGUGUUGAGCAGAAAAAGAGCUGUACCAGUUCUUCCAAGGUCAGGAAGAUCGCUGACUACAAAGCUCUUUGCGAGGCUCAGCUUGUUGCUUGCCAGGCUAUCAACAGCUUGAAGGUCCUCCCCAAGUACAUCGAGUUGAUCAAUAACGAUUACUGCAAGAAGCCUAGCCCACCAUUCCCCAAGCCACCAAAGGCUGGAGGUAAACCAGCUGAUGAUGAUGAAGAAGAAGAGAUUCAAUACUCCUAA